AUGAGCACGAGGAAGCGGCGAGGAGGGGCCGUCAGCUCGAGACAAGCCCAGAAGCGAGCUCGGGAAGCAGCCUCCGCCCCGGGCAUGGCCUUGGAAGCGGAGCCCAUAGAGCUGGUGGAAAGCGCUGGAGAUGAGAUAGUGGACCUCACCUGUGAGUCUCUGGAGCCUGUGGUGGUGGACCUGACGCACAACGACUCUGUGGUGAUCGUUGAUGAAAGGAGGCGGCCGAGGAGGAACGCUAGGAGGCAGCGCCAGGACCAUGCGGACAGCUGUGUGGUGAGCAGCGAUGACGAGGAGCUGAGCAGGGACAGAGACGUGUAUGUGACCACGCACACUCCCAGAAACGCCAGGGAAGAGACAUCGCCAGGGCUCAGGCCCUCCGGCACGGUCAGCUGUCCGAUCUGCAUGGACGGAUACGCAGAGAUUGUGCAGAAUGGGCGUGUCAUUGUUUCUACAGAGUGUGGCCACGUCUUCUGCAGCCAGUGCCUCCGAGACUCCCUCAAGAACGCCAACACCUGCCCGACCUGCAGGAAGAAGAUGAGCCACAAACGCUAUCACCCCAUUUACAUCUGA